GUCUUUCAUUAUCCAGACGCAACAAAACUUUUAAACACUUUAGCAAAAAUACAAGUAAGUGCUGACAAAGAUUAUCCAUUGUUGGGGGAUUGGUCUUGGGUAUAGGGACAAUAAAAGCCUUUUUCCAGAUAGCAGGAACAACUCCCUCAUGGAGAGAUCAGUUAAAAAUGUCAGAUAGGAUAGAGGAAUACAAAGUUCAUAUAUGCAAAUUCUUUCACGCCCUCUGUCGACGACAUGGUCAAUGUCCUUUAUGAGGAAAUAGAAAUGGAAAUUCAUUGCAAAACACUUGUCUGGAUUGUUCAUCAUCUAAGGCUGCCGUAGACCACAGUUACACAAACUUCAAAGAAACCUGCAAACCCUCCACAUUGCCUACACAUCUUUAGGACACAUCAUUUAGAGUGUACGUUUGUCAAGCAACUCAACAUGGACUUUGUAAUGGGUUAGGACUUCAGUGAAGAUGUUUCAUCUUUUGGACUAUUGGGUGAAUGAGCCUGGCUAAAGCACUGAUUGGUCCUUGAACUGAAGAUUGUGUCUGAUAAUGGCUGACCAGAGUGAGGAGACCAUGGAAGAGGAGGAGAUGGCCAGGCAAUCUCAAGAACCAGAACAAAGAUCGAUGGCUGUUGUUGAAAAUAUUCAACCAUCACCAGAAACAAGGGACUUAGUCAGAGCAGAAAACACACAAAUGCUAGCAGAAAAUCAAUCAGGUCAAGGAGCCUGUUUGAUGGCCAACCAGUCUUUGGCUCUACACCGCAUUGAAGGCAGUGGUCAUUUGGUUGUUGACCACCCUAGCCACUGUACGUUCAACAUCAGACAGCUGAAGCCAGGAGCAACAGAGAAUAUUUUACCUGGAUUGGAGAAACUAACUGCCACUUUACAACGAGCUUUGGAUUCAGCAGUAAAACCAACAGGAUCUGGACAAGAGUGCACUCCACCGAAUAUUCAAAAACUAGAUAACUCCCCCCAAGCUGCUGCCAGUGGUACGUCAAUGCAACCCAAAACCUCAGAUGACCCAAGUGUGCAAGGAGCCCAUGCGACAAAAGAUCCAGCCCAGGUCGCUGCAGCCCAGGUCGCUGCAAAGAGCUGUAGAGAGGCAAUAGCAACUUAUUAUAGGAAAACAGGUAGCUAUGUGAAACUGAUACCAUGGGAGGAUGAUGACACCAAACAUAUCAGAGAUAUCUUUACAGAAUUAACAUUGGAGAAAUCUGGAAAGAAACUGGAGUCAUAUAAGGAUAUUUUCCUUCAGAAAACAAGAGAUGGUGAUUGCAUAAAUCAGGCUGUUUUGAAUGGGUUAGCUGGUAGAGGAAAGUCUACCCUCAUUGAUAAGAUGGCUUAUGAUUGGGCAUGUGGUGAAGCACUGGAGCAGUUUGAGCUUGUAUUUGUUAUAAGAAUGAGUGCAGUUGAACAAAGCACAGAGCUAGUUGACUCGAUUUUCAACCAACUUUUAAGCGGAGUAACAAGUGUAGAUAAGAACUCGUUGAGUUCUUUUAUCAGUCACAAUCAAGAGAAAGUACUGUUCUUGUUUGAUGGCUUUGAUGAGAUGAAGACCCAAGCCCUUGAUGAAGCCUUAUUUGGUUCAAUUCUAAAGACCCUGAACCGUAAGAAAGACAGAGAGUGUUUUGUUGUAGUUACCACUCGCCCCUCUCACUAUCAUAAAUUAGUGACAAGAUCAUUAAUUGAAGAGCCUUUCACACAGGUCAAGGUUGAAGGUUUUGAUAAGGAAGAUAUCAAGAAGUAUGUGAAGAGAUUUUACUCGGAUGAACAUGACAAAGCAGAAGGGCUUAUUCGGAGGAUCAAAUCCUCGAAUGUUUUAUCUGAUUUGGCGAAGAGUCCAAUGCUACUUCUGUUGAUGUGUAUUUUGUGGAGAGAAGAUUCUAAACUCCCAGAAACAAUGUCUCGUAUCUACAGUGAAGGCAUUGGAGUACAUAUUUCACAGAAAAACUGAUAUGUCAUCAGAUGAGA